AAACUUUAUUAAAAGGCAAGUUUUUUAACAGGGUCAGUUGUGGCGUCAUCAAAGCAGAAUAACACGAUAUCUGAAGGUGAAUUAAUACAAUUUUUACGUCAGCGCCUCCACGUUUCCCGCAGGACGGUGGGAAUUGAAGACUUUCUGCGAUGCCAGACGUGGAACCACUCAGAUUCCCAUCAAGGGAGGGACGACCAAGUCAGCAAGGUGAGAACAAUGAAGAUCAAGCAGAUCUUCAAGCCGUCUGCUCUGGUAGACGUCGCACAUGUGCUUUGCUUAACAGUCCCUCUCCAUGUGUCAACAAUGUUAUUUACCAUAUCCAAGAGCUGAAGAUGACAGUGGAAAAUUGGUGUCAACAGUCUGGAAAAUAUCAGCCACAGAUCAACCACGACAAGCACCAAUACAGCAAAACUUUAAGAUUUCAGUCCAGAGAUUCAGAUACUGAAUCAGUGACUUCUACAGAAUUGUUUGUCGAAGGCAUCGCAAUUAGUGCAAGAGAAAGCUGUCCUUUAUCGCCACUAUUGAAGAAAAUAAAUGAUGUCCUUGGAGAGGUUGUGUAUCUGAUUGAGCGGCUGGAGGCUGAUCGGCAGUAUGCAGAGGAAGCUCUCCACAAAGAGAAGAGGAGAAAAAUAUUUUUGGAGAACAAAGUUGACAGUAUUUCACUCUGGAAGCAACAAGAGCACUCUUUUGUAGUCCAAAAAGAGCACGAGGCUUGCAUCAGAGACAUCACAGAACUGAAGUGGCAUGUACAACUGGAAGGAGAGAAACUUGACCAGGCUCAGGAGAACCUUUCACACACUGAGGUGUUGAACCAAAGCUUACAGGAAGACAUCAACUUUGCCAAAAAACAAAUUCCCAUUGUGAAAGAAAACCUGGACUUCCAGAGAGGACUCAUAAAUCAAAUCAACAAUGCACAAGCUGAGGCUGAUGAAGUAUACUCAAAAACACAAAGCCGUCUUAAUCUGGUUGAGAAGGAGAUAAAAAAGAUGGAGCUGGACACCAAGAAAGAAAAGAAGUCACUGGAUGACGUACUGUUGGUGACGAAGAAUCAGCUGGCUAACAAAUUGGAAGAUUUAAACCAGUUGAAGAUGAUUGAGGAAGGUCUGUGGGCAGAAAUAAAGGAUGCUGAGAAGAAGGUUGCACUUACAGAAGAAGAAUGUGCAGCCACAACACAACGUAUCCCCGAAAUAAUGGAGCUCGAGGAAAAUGAAAAAGACCGGAUUCUGCAACUGAAACUUCAAAUUGAGGAUCAAAUGCAAAAGAAUAAGAAAUUAAAAGAGAAACUAAUUGCACUGCAAGAAGACAUUGAGAAAACUACACUUCAUGGGGAAGCGAAGGUUUCCUGCAUAGAAGAGCAGCUCCUUUCAAAACGUAACGCUUUUGCAGCUAUUCGUCAAGAAAACAUGGAGUAUGAACAGAAUGUGGAUGACUACAAGAUGAAAAUUGCUAAGAGCGAGAAGGCAGUGAAGCAGAUGCAUGAGGAGAAGAAGCAGAUGCUCCAGAAAAUCAUUGACAAUGACGAGCAGUGGGAAAAGGCCAAGGAGGAAGUGACCCAGGUUGUCACCCAGCACAGUGUCACCCAGACUAAACUGGAAGAGCAGGAGCAGCUCACCUUCAUGGAAGAACAGAGGGCCAGGAAAGAGAUUGAACACCUGAGGAAAAACCUGACAGGUCAGAUGACCUCCCUGGAACUGCUGAAGGGUCAGUGUGCAAAUAAAAGUGAAGAACUGUAUCGACAGCAAAGGAGCUCAGAGCUGAUCAACCAAAAACUUCAGAAAGAAUUUGAAGAUGCAUCCGCAGUAACAAAAGAAAUGGAGACAAAGAUGAUGAAAAUCAAGAAGUUGACAGACAAUUUUGACAAGAUUCAGUGUGAACACGGGAACACAUUAGUCAACCUUGAGAAGGAGAAAAAACUCAAAUGUGAACACCUGAAAGCUGCUCAGGAUUUACAAGCUGCCACGGUGAAGAGAUAUGACAACACUCUGGGCAGGAUCAGUGACCUUACGAAGGAGAGCGAAGAAUACCGGGACGCUUCAGAAAAAAUGGAAAAAAUAGUCGAAAGCAUGCCAGAAGCCAUAGCAGAACUUCAGAGUGUUUUUGAUGUGGUGGAAUUCAAAAACAAGUCAGCUGCUCUCGUAAUGAGCACCUUGCAGUCUGAUAUUAAUAACUGCCAACAACGAACACAGCGAUCCAUGCAGACACACACUGCUCAUGUUACAGCGAGAAAGAAGGAAAUGGAAGACGCCAAGGUAGCACUAAAAAUUGCACUGAGUGAGAACAAACGUCUGGCAUGCGAGUACGAAGGUCUGAAGAUGAUCCUCAUGGAGGCCAAACAGGAAGCAGUGUCUGCACUGAGCGAGAAAAACCAUGCACACAGAUCUUCUCACUUUUACACACAGCUCUCUUUGUUGCAGAAGAGGAUGCACAAAGCUUUGGUGAAAUACUUCAAACAACGCAGCCUCUACAGCCAGGCUGAACUGGACCGCUGCCAGGCUCUUUCUCAAGAGACCCACCAGAAAAUAAAAACAGCCCAGGAGGGGUUGUCAGCAGAAAUUCAGCUCAUCUCUGCAUUCCUUCAAUCCUUGACGGACGACUCUGCCGCCACCGAUGAUGCCGGGGUGAACAAACAAAGCCGGUCCGGGAUCGAAUGAGUAGAUGCCUUCAGUUCAAAUAGCAGUGUAAUUGGACAUUCACCUGUACCAGACAACUUACUUACUUACCC